CCUAUGUCGGAUGUCACGUGGAUGGGGUGUGUGUUAAUAACCUCAGCUACGCGGAUGAUAUGGUGCUGUUGAGCCCCUCGGUUGGUGCACUACAGAGAUUGGUGAAGAUAUGUGAAACUUAUGCAGUUACCCAUGGGUUAAGGUACAAUACUUCGAAAAGCGAGGUAAUGCAAUUUAAAGCUGGGCCAAAAUCAUACAAAAUGACACCUGUUACCCUUUGUGGUACCGCUUUAAAAGUUGUACAGAAGUUCAAGUACCUUGGCCACUGGGUAACAGAAAACAUGACAGAUAAUGAUGACAUAGAGAGGGAGCGAAGGGCGUUGUGUGUUCGUAGUAACAUGCUGGCCCGCAGAUUUGCUCGUUGUAGUAAUGAAGUGAAGCUAACGCUCUUUAAAGCAUACUGCCAAACAUUCUACACGUGCAAUCUGUGGGUCAGCUUUACGCAGCGGGCAUACAGCGCCCUUCGCGUACAAUACAAUAACGCGUUUAGAGUGCUGUUUGGGCUGCCGCGUUACUGUAGCGCGUCAACUAUGUUUGCCGAGGCGCACACCGAUAGUUUCGACGCAAUAAUUAGAAAACGGUGUGCGUCAUUAGUCGACCGUCUUCGCCACAGCCCAAACAGUAUUCUAAACGUGCUGGCGCAGCGCUGGGACUCGCCUAUGUUCGCGCGCUGGGUGCGGCUGCACGCGCCGCCGGUCGCCGCACCACGCCGCUUUUAGUUGUAAAUAAGUAAUUAUUU